AUGAGCGCGGCCACCCCUUCUGCAGAAGCUCUUCCAAAUGUUUCUGUUGAUUCUCUCGCUAAACACGUUGGAGUCGUCGAUGAUGGGCAAGGCGAAGUACCUGAUUCUACGAGGAGCAAGCUUUUAAAGAUGCAAGUGACUAACACUGCAGCAGUUUAUAAUUUAUUGGGAUCUUGCAACGUCAACCACGCACACUGCAGGUUCCCAUCCAUUAUACAGCUCUUUCGAUCCAACUCUGGCGUCUUCAGUGCGCCCAUGACACUCUUGAAUAUCAUCUCAUAUACACCAUACUUCGUUCGCUUCCUUCGUUCUCCUGCCGGGCAAGGCAUAGCUGCUCUCCAAGCCAAACGCACUGCCGAGUCCGCGGCCGAGAUCGAUGGCAUGGACGCCAAUGACGUUCUUGAGACCAUCCUGUUCCUCUCGACGAUCCUCCUUCUUCAAACCCCUCAAGAAGUUGACGAAGCGGACAAGGAAAUCCUGGUAAAAAAAUUGCAGCAAUGGGCGCAAAUGUCCCCGAGCCGCCUGGUCUCGAGCGCCUGUGAAAGAUGUUUAGCCCUCUUAACCAACGACCCGAGCACGCGUCUGCUGAUGCAAUGCUCGAAGCAGUAUUUGGAGCGUCGUUUAGUUCUAUUCGGAACCGGACACUGUACCCGGACCGUUCAAGACAAUGAUGCAAGUCUGCGGUCUAUUGCGGUGCAGCUCACCAAAAGGCCGCCUGGAAAGACCACAAAUCUUUAUGCUUUCCUUCGUCAUUCUGAUUUGACCGUCAUGGGCUUGUCUGUAGUCGUGGGAUCCUAUCCAGUAGACUUGCAAGUUGCAAGCGACCUUAUCCACCCGUACCCUCCUUUUCCCGGUUCCCCGAGCUCUCAGCAAUUCCAGACCGCCAAGUGCCUUUACCAUGGUCUUACAGUGACUCGUUCCCGAAAGACUUGCCAUACCACCGAUGACUCGAGCCACUUGGGUGACGGCUUUAAUUUACGUUUGCUAUCUCGCUCAAGCUUUACGCCGCGUGAAUGA